AAAAUUCAUAAAGCAACAUAAACCCCUACAAAAACUUUGUAGCAGCUACCCUGUUGAUCCUCACCGGAAGAGAUGUCUCUGCGCGUGUCAAUGGCGAAAUUGUUCAAAAAACUUCGUUUUCCUGCUUCCAACGCCUUCUCUACACUUUCCACCAAUUCAUUGCCCAUCUCAUUUUCCGGUAAAACAUUUUCCCACUGGUAUCAAAGUGGAGCAUAUGGUUGGAGAAUAAAUCUUAGGGAUCCUUGUUUAUGCUGGACAUUUGUGACUCUAGGGAUUAGUGCCAACACUGUGUUUGCAGAGGAUGCAACGGCCAAAACAUCUUCCGAUAAUAAUCCUGGGGAUGAUUUAACUGGAUUUAGAAAAAUUGAGGAUGGUUCUGUAGCCUCAAAUAUACAUACAGCAAAAUGGAGAGUCUUUACUGAUAAAGCAAGAGAGCUUUUUCUACAGGGAAAACUCAAUGAUGCUGAAAGACUCUUCCUUUCUGCCAUACAAGAAGCUAAAGAAGGUUUUGGCGAGCAAGAUCCGCAUGUUGCGUCUGCAUGCAACAAUUUGGCCGAGUUGUACAGGGUCAAAAAGGCAUUUGACAAAGCAGAACCAUUGUAUUUGGAAGCUAUCAAGAUCUUAGAAGAAUCUUUUGGUCCUGACGAUGUAAGGGUUGCGGUUGCUGUUCACAACCUAGGGCAGUUCUACCUUGGACAGCGGAUGUUGGAAAAAGCUCGAGUUAGCUAUGAGCGCGCUUUGAAGAUAAAAAGGCGUGUUCUGGGAUAUGAACAUUCAGAAUGUUCAGAUACAAUGUAUCAAAUCGGCAUGGUGCUGUAUCUUGAAGGAAAAGAAAAGGAUGCCGAGGCCCUUAUUAAGGACUCUAUAAGCAUGCUAGAGAGAAGUGCUGAAGGGGAGUCACUUGUAUGCAUUAGAAGACUCCGUUUCCUCUCACAGAUAUAUUUGAAAUCACAUCGACUUGAUGAAGCUGAGAUGGUACAGAGAAAGAUCCUAAAUAUAAUGGAAUUGUCAAAGGGAUGGAAUUCCUUGGACACAGUUAUUGCAGCUGAAUCCCUGGCCCUGACCCUACAUGCAUCAUCCGAAACAAAACAGUCAAAAGAGCUUCUUGAAAGAUGUCUUGAAGUCCGGAAAGCCUUACUUCCUAGUGUUCACAUUCAGAUUGGUGCAAACCUACUUCAUCUAGCAAGAGUGGCAAUACUUGAUUCCAGCCAACAAAAAAAAAGCGAUGUUUCUAGAGCUAAAGCUGAGCUUGAUAUGGCAAAGGAUCAUUUGCAUAAUUCCAUAAGGAUUGCGCGUCAAUGUUUAGAUAAGGUAUUGAAACAAAAAGACAAGUUGAAGAAAAACAGUGUGCUUGUACAUUCUAAAAAAGAAGCCCAUGCAGCACUUGUCAUAUUGUUGCAAUCACUCAGUACUCUAUCAUCGGUGGAGUUUGCUAAGCAAGAAUUGCAGGAGACUCAGAAAGGGAAUACCAACGUUGAAGCUCAAGAGGCACUUCUUCAAUGCAUUGCUACUUACAAGGAGUUUGUACAUGAGAAGUCCAUUGUUGAUUCUCCUGAAAUAAAGAACGAAUAUCUUUCAUGUUUUAAGCGUGCUCAAAGCUUGCUUGGCGAUAAGCUUAAUGCAGAGGAUUUCCAAAAGCUGAAUCAGCCAUCAUGAAGAGGAUUUUUUUUCUUUCCCUUUUCUAUUUUUUGUGAAAGGGAAAUUUUUAGUCAAAAAAGAAAUAAAUAAACAAGCCGAAUUGCCUCAACGGCUUUUGGUGUCAGAAAGAAAUGUACCUCUGACCAGGAUUUUCAACAUUCAUUCUUAUUGAUAAUCACACAAAGCAUUUCACUGUUUUGUGUAAUUAUUAAUCACAUUACUUUGAUACUGAAAUGUUCUAUACUUGUAUUAUGCUUUGUUGCUACUACAACUAUUACUAAUUAUUAAUUACCUGUUUUAUUCAAGUAGUAAUACUUUUCUGAUGAGCAAAA